AGUUAAAUGUUCCAGCUGGCAUGUUCCUAGUGAGUCUGCGUGGUGUUUGAUCUGCGCUGUUUGUUCAGGGGAAGCCCACAUCAAAGUUCAAAUGUGGACCUUUCAGAUCAGUCUGAAACUGAACAGAACAGACCUAACACACCACAUCAAUGUACAGGAUGAGGCUCCUCAUGCUCAUCGCUGUGUCCUGCCUGCUGGCUGACCUCUGUCAAGGCGGGAUCAAAGAUCUGGGAUCCCACUUCAGCUCACCCAGCCCCCAGCCUGACCCCAACCCUCGUAGCCUAGGCCAGGGGGGUGCCCUGGAGGGGGCCCAGGAUGUGGAAGCCCUGCCCCUGGACUUCCACCAGGAGAACACAGUGACGAGCGACCUUCCUCUGGAGGGCUACGAGGAUGAGGACUACAUCGACUUUGAUAAGAUAUUGGCAGAGGGAGGGGACGAUUACAGCGAGGGGGACGAGAUAGACGAGAUCGCCACGCCGGCCCCAGAGAUCGACGUGUUCUCUGAGACAAGGUCCGACCCCAAGGUCCGGCGCGCCCGACUUCUCCGCCUCUUCCACGGCCGCUCGCGCCUCCAGAGGAUCAACACCGUCAACGCCCGAUUUGGGUUCAACCUCUACCGCAGCCUCCGUAACGACGUCAACCAGAGCGACAAUAUCUUGCUGGCCCCCGCCAGCAUCUCCAUCGCCAUGGGGAUGAUGGCACUGGGGGCAGGGCCAGGGACCCACGUCCAGCUCUUUGAAGCCACAGGAUUUGCGGAUUUCGUCAAUGCCAGUCAUCACUAUGACAACACCACAGUGCACAAGCUCUUCCGGAAGCUGACCCAUAGGCUGUUCCGGAGGAACUUCGGAUACACCCUGCGCUUCGUCAACGACCUGUACGUGAAGAAGGACGUUCCCAUGGAGGCGGGUUUCUCUACGGACAGCAAGGCUUACUACUACGCAGAACCCCAGUCGGUGGACUUCAAAGACCCUGCGUUCCUCAAGAUGGCCAACAGACGCAUCCUCAAACUCACCAAGGGGCUGAUCAAAGAGCCUCUGAAGAGCGUCGACGCCAACAUGGCGCUGAUGCUCCUCAACUACCUCUACUUCAAAGGCACCUGGGAGAGCAAGUUCCCCAAGGAGGCCACUUACUACAGGAACUUCCGCAUGACGGAGAAGACCAAUGUGCGGGUUCCCAUGAUGCAGAACAAGGGCAUGUACAUGGCGGCAGCCGACCACGAGCUGCAGUGUGACAUCCUGCAGCUGCCGUACUGCGGGAACAUGAGCAUGCUGGUAGUCCUUCCCAGGAAGAUGUCAGGCAUGAGGACCCUAGAGCAGAAAAUCUCCCCCACUGUGGUCAACAGGUGGAUUAGCAACAUGACCAAUAGGACACGUGAGGUGGUGUUCCCCCGGUUCAAACUGGAGCAGAGUUACGAUCUGAUAGACAACCUGAAGGAGAUGGGCCUGACCAAGCUGUUCCAGGACAAGGCGGACUUCUCUGGGAUGACUUCAGAGAAGAUCGGCAUCAACUGGCUGAAACACCAGGGAACCAUCACGGUGAAUGAGGAAGGCACGGAGGCAGCAGCGCUGACCCAGGUGGGCUUCAUGCCCCUCUCCUCUCAGGUCCGCUUCGUGGUGGACCACCCUUUCCUGUUCCUGGUCUACGAACACCGCACAGAUUGCCUGCUUUUCAUGGGCCGCGUGGUCAACCCCUCUCAGAGCUAGAUCCCCCCCUCCUGCCCGCCUCCCAACCCCCUGCCACCUUCCUCCUCUACCUGCUACUCCUGCCCCUCUUGCCUCUCGUACCCCCCACCUGCCCCUCUUCCCCCAUCUGCUCCUCCUACCCCAUGCCCCUCCGGGGGAGAGAUUUGAGACAGAGAGGGUGUGUGAGAGAGACAAGCAGAGAGCGAAAGAGAGGUAGUGUGUUAGAGAGAGAGAGAGAAAAUAGGCAGAGCAUGUAGGAGGUAGAGAGAGAGUGUGUGUGUAUGAGAGAGGCAGAGAGAAAGAGGCAGAAAGAGUGGCGCAGAGGUAGAGCUUGUGAGUUAGUGUUAUUUGCAGUCAGAUGUUAGAACCUGAUGUUCUAAAACAAUGUGUCAUCACUGAAACAACACCAACGUAAGUUUGAGACAGCGUAAACAAAUAAAGAAAUGGGUUCAGGGUGAAAACAAACAUGGAAUCAAGAUGUUCUUAGCAACAGCAUUAUAAUGUUACGUCUUUGAAUUAUGUUGAUAUGAUUUCUGUAUUAUAUUACAAAUAUAAAAAGGUUAUAGACGGGGUAUCCACUCAGUGCUUCUGUGAGACAUAUAUUCAUCUCUGAACUUUGGUAGUAGAGCAACAAACACCACAAGCAACUCAGUGACAUUGAGUUGCAAGCAGAGUCAAUAUUUAUCUCUGAAGUUAAACACUAACCAAAUGCAACUAAGAUUCCCGUAAUGGAGAAAGGAGGAUAUGGACAUGCUCAGUGUCUACAUUCUCAUUUCAUGGACUAUAUAAUGGUCAAGACGCAUCUGGUGAUUCACUCUGCAGACAAAAACGUACUUUGAUUCUUAACAACUCACCCACACAUACACUGUUCUGGUACUGACUGUUCAUCUAUGCUAGAGCGGCUGUAGGUUUGAACAUGAACUCAGAUGGAAUUUGGAGAGAUUGAGGCAGAAACGUUAAGAAAAGUAUGCACAGCACAUAUCCUAUAUUGUAAAACUUGUGGAUGUGAAACCUGUCGUCGAUUGUAUGCAAAACCACUUAUUGUGUAUAGUCUCAAAUAUAUUAGAUUUGUGUAAUAGAAUACGAAAUUAAUAAUUUACUCAUUACAAUUUACAGCUACCGUUUAAUGGAUCCUUACGGACUCUUGGCCUGCAUGUGAGCAGAUAGGUUUCCUGUACUGUAUAUAGGGCUGGGCGAUAUAGCUGAAAAGUGUCUUGAUGCUAUUUUUUCAUUUCAGCUGAUUUCAAUAACUAGAGAAUCAUUUUAACAACCUAUUCUUGAAAUAGACCAGGACAAUAAAAAAAAAUCAGUCAAGCUAUUUUCUAAUGGCUACUGAUGAAGUAUCAAUUACGACACA